UAUUCACAGUGACAGCAGAGCUUGCUCCUAUUCACAUAACUACUAAUUCCUACUCAGAUGAGUUAAUCUUCUAACAAAGACGUUCUUCAAAAGCUGAAAAUUCCUUCUUUUCACUUCAGAAAUUAGAGGCUAGGACUUCUUUAGACUGGCCACAUAUUUGCUGUUCCUCUAAAACAGACAGUUUACAACAAGCAUUUUCCUACCCACCAACCAACGUCACCUUCAUUCAGUCAGAACAUCUCUGCUUCUUCAGUCUUCACUUGUUCAACAGCUCUGAAAACAUAAGAGAUCUGACUCUCAUCAGGACUUUUGGUCUGGCUUCUACCUUUUACUUUAAAGUGCUUGUGUGCGCACUCUUCCUGAAGCCAUGGUGCUGUCCGAGAAUCAGGAAUGUGGGGUCUGUUAUCUGCCCUACUCCCGUAGCGAUCGCGUUCCCAGAAUGCUGCACUGUAACCACACAUUCUGCACCCACUGUCUGGAGACAAUGGCACUGCAUUACAGUGGCCUGCGCACUAUUCGCUGUCCUCUCUGUCGCCAGGUGACUUGUGUGGACCAUGGACGGAGCUUGCAGGAGGCACUUUUUGUCAAUAGCCAACUAUGGGAUUGCAUUUCUGACAUCCAAGAGGAGGAAGAGUAUGUGAAAGAGCAAGACAAAGAGGAAAGAGGGAGUACUUCUGAUAUUCAUGGCCUGCCCACAUCACAGGCUAAAUGUUCAGUGCCAAAACAAUACAGGUCCAAACUCCGACUCCCGUCUUUCCUGAAGAAAAUGAGUUUCUCUAAGCACCCUGAAGAGAGAAUCAUUCCCAGCUGCACUGUAGAAAUGAUGUCAUGGCGAAAGCUCUCGUAAGAAGAGGCAUUUUAAAAAGUGGGACAAGUACGGACUCUGUAAACAAUGGAUUAGCAAUAUGAACAAUGGACUUUCUCCAUCUGUUUUUGAUGGAGAAAGUCAAAAACUGUAUGUCAUGUAUGGCAGGAUCAACAGUCAGCUCAGUUCAGAUAAGGUCGUUCAACAAAAUCCGCACCAUGUGCUUCCCUGACUGUAUUUUCCACUUGAAUCAAGUCUGAAUUCACAAGUCUGAAUCCUGCUUCUCCCUCUGAGGGGAACUUCUCAUUAGAUAUUCCACCCUUAAUCCAUCCCAGCUGCUGGGGCCUGAGAGUGAGUCCCAGAUGCAAAGCAAGACUUUCAGAGCAGAUGGCAUCUUGAGAAAGACUUCCCCCUGAUUCUGAUCACCCCCUAUGUCUCAGAUGGAUUAUUUUAAGUUAUUAUAAUCUUUGUUAUUCAUAUAAUGUAUAAAUUAUUGUGCAUUAAAAAAUCUGAUUGCUAAAUGUUGUUGGCCACUUACUCUCUGCUCCCAUAUUAUCGUUCUUUGUUACAUUCGACUAUGCUAGCUAGAGGACAAAAUAGUAAAAACUUGAAAUCCCAUAUGAUUAUGUCACUUUGAAUAAGCAAAAUUGUUAAAACACAGUUUAUUGUAUUGAACGUAGCCAUGUGUGAAGCAUCACCGGCCAUGUGCAAAUCCAAACCAUCUCUUUGUGCCUCCAUCAUCCCAUAUGUCUUUUUUUUAAGGAAAAGGUCUUACUUACAGGUGAUGUGUGUAAUUUGUUGAUGUAAAUCUACUUCAUUUACUGCUUAAUAUGCUAAAACAACUGUUUUUGUUGUUUUGAGUAUCUCGAAACAGCAACACUGGCACAAAAAAAGUGUUGGGCAGGACUAUUUGUUUGAUUGAUCAAUGGAAGAUCCCCCAUAUGUCUGGGAAACCUGUUUGAAAACACCUUAAAUAAGAGUGAAUUUUUGCAUCUCUUCUAUGUACACAUAUUAAUGGCACCAGUGUUGGAUCUUGGCAUUGGAAAUAUAGGCAGCGUGAGUGGCCUUGGGUGGCAGCAUUCUCUGGGCCGCUCGAUGAGCAAAGCCAUGCCACAUUAGUGUAGGGAAUCAACAAACUAGCUUCUAACUUAAUUAUCUACUUUAAAAACUACUACUAAAUUAUACAGUAAUUUGGCAGUAGUUCAACUUUUUUCACAUAUUUUAGCUGUUCUAAUAACAAGCUACAUUGUCCAACUAGUAAUGGUGUAACAUGACAAAACAGUACAUUGCUUUUUGACAUAUUGUAUUGUGCACACAGUAAACAAGUAAUCAUAUAAGCUCACCUAUAUGGUCUUCUCUCUCUUUCUCAUGCGAAGUUGAAACAUUUAAGUGAAUUUAAUGUUUCACUUAAACACUAUGGUUCAUGCAAGUGAACUGGUUAAACAAACGAUUCACCAAUCCACUUAUAUAUAACAUUGGA